UGUGUGUGUUCCAGUGGCUUCUGGUGUGAGUGCUCAGUUGGAACCGUACUGUUGGGAGGAGGAACACGUUAUAAGGAACGCCCUAUUGGAUGGCUCCUGAAGUCAUCGCCUGCGACGAAAACCCUGAGGCCACCUACGACUUCAAGAGUGAUCUGUGGUCUCUGGGUAUUACGGCUAUAGAGAUGGCAGAAGGAGCACCGCCACUGUGUGACAUGCACCCAAUGAGGGCUCUCUUCCUGAUCCCCAGGAACCCCGCCCCCAGACUCAAGUCCAAGAAGUGGUCUAAGAAGUUCCAGUCGUUCAUUGAGAGUUGCUUGGUGAAGAGUCAUGGUCAGAGACCCAACACAGAGCAGCUGUUGAAGCACCCCUUCAUCAGAGAGCUGCCCAACGAACGACAGGUCCGCAUCCAACUGAAGGACCACAUCGACAGAACCAAGAAGAAACGCGGAGAGAGGGAUGAGACAGAGUAUGAGUACAGUGGCAGUGAGGAAGAGGAGGAGGAACGGGACAUGGGGGAGCCAAGCUCCAUCAUCAACAUCCCUGGGGAGUCGACGUUGAGGCGGGACUUCCUGCGGCUGCAGCUGGCCAAUAAGGAGCGUUCUGAGGCUCUGAGGAGGCAGCAGUUGGAGCAACAGCAGAAUGAAGAACACAAACGCCUCCUGUUGGCAGAGCGACAGAAACGCAUAGAGGAGCAGAAAGAGCAGAGGAGGAGACUGGAGGAGCAACAGCGUAGAGAACGUGAGAUGAGGAAGCAACAGGAGAGAGAGCAGAGGAGACGCUAUGAAGAGAUGGAACAACUACGGAGAGAUGAGGAGAGGAGGCACGCAGAGAGAGAACAGGUACACACACAGGAGUAUAUCCGUAGGCAGCUGGAGGAGGAGCAAAGACAGCUGGAGAUUCUACAGCAACAACUACUCCAGGAGCAGGCCCUACUGAUGGAGUAUAAGCGUAAGCAGAUGGAGGAGCAGCGGCAGGCAGAGCGUCUCCAGAGACAGCUGCAGCAGGAGAGAGCCUACCUGGUGUCCUUACAGCAGCAGCAGCAGGAGCCACGGCCACAAGACAACAAACAGCUGUACCACUACAAAGACACAGCCCCCAAUAACGACAAACCUGCCUGGGCCAAGGAGGUGAUGCGUCGAGCCCAGAGUAACUCCCCUCGUAUACCUCCCAAGAAGCACCACUCCUUUAACCUGCCUGGAGACACCAGCCUAUCACACCUCCUCCUGCUCCCUGGUUACAACCCCCGCUCCCGCCCCCCCUCCUACCCCGCCCAAUCAAGUCACUCCAGGGAGAGGCUCCUCCAAUCUGAAGGCCAUAAUGUGACUGUUCCGUGUAUACGUGUGUCCUGCACCUCUGAUCCUGCCCCUGACUCCUCUUAUCCAAUCCUGCUUCAUCCCGAGGCCAGAAGGAGGAGCCCUGAGGGAAGAGUCCAGGAGUCUAGGGGGAGGAGUCCAGGUCGACUGGUGGAAGAGCGUUCCAAGCUGAACAGACAGAGUUCUCCAGCACUGCAACAUAAAGUGUCCAACCGUAUCUCUGAUCCAUCCCUGCCCCCCCGCUCAGAGUCGUUCAGCAGCGGGGGCAUACAGCAGGCCCGAACACCCCCCAUGCACCGCCCCGUAGAACCACAGAUGGCCCACCUGGUGCAAGUGAAGUCCCAUGGUCUGUCUGGGUCCCAGUCUCUCCACGACCCUGCAGGGGUCACAGGCCUGUCCCCCUCCCCAUCCUCCGGCCGCCCCCCCAUGCCCCGCCAGAACUCUGAUCCUACCUCAGACACCCCUCCUUCUAUACCUCUUCCCCGCCUCGCUCCCCCCCUCGACAAACUGGACCGCAGCUCCUGGCUACGAACAGACCUAGACCUACCUCCUAAGGUGCCCCAGAGGACCACGUCCAUCUCUCCAGCCUUGGUCAGGAAGAACUCUCCUGGAAACGGACCUGCGGGCCUUGCUCCUAAAGCUGGAGCACACCUGAUACGGGCCAGUAACCCAGACCUGCGGAGGACUGAUGUCCCAAUGGAAACUCCCCUGAAGAGGAAGAGCAGUGGCAGCUCCUCCAGCUCCUCUACCCCUUCCUCCAAGGGGGGCAGCAACGAAAGAGGGGCAAAUCAAGCGGAGGGUUCUGGGGCAUCGGCCCAGGAGACCAAAGAAGAAAACAGAGACGUGACGCUGACACGACCUAGCAGGCCCGCGAGCUAUAAGAGAGCUGUAGAUGAGGACUUGACGGCUCUAGCCAAGGAGCUGAGGGAGCUGCGUCAGGGGGAGGAGCCUAAUCGCCCGCCCGUCAAGGUGACGGACUACUCCUCAUCCAGUGACGAGUCACAGAGUGACGAGGAGGGAGAUGGAGGAAGUAACGACGGCUCUGUGUCUGUCAGCGACAUCCCACGCAUCAUGCCGGCUGCGGGGCAGAGUAGUGGUGAGGUGUACGGUGUGAUGGGAGGACAUAAUGAUUCCUACGGCAACCGUUCCCAAGACAGCACCCUGAUGAUGAGAGAGACCUAUGGGGACAGGAGGCGGAACUCCGCUCUCGCCGACAGCAACGGUUUCCCCGGAAACGCCAAUCUGCCCGAUCUGGUGCAGCAAAGCCCCUCCCCCAUGGUCUCCCCUGGCGAUGGCUCUGGGCGCAGCCACCCCAAAUAUGGCAUGGGCAGUGGGAGUGGCUCCAAGUCCUCCUCCUUCACGCCAUUCGUUGAUCCACGAGUCUACGGAACCUCCCCCACCGAUGAUGAUGAUGAAAACUCUGCCUCUGCUCUCUUUACAAAUGAGCUGCUGCUUCAGGAGCAGGAGCAGGCCAGACUGAACGAGGCCAGAAAGAUCAGUGUGGUCAACGUGAACCCGACCAACAUACGACCUCAUAGCGACACGCCUGAGAUACGCAAAUACAAGAAGCGCUUCAACUCUGAGAUACUGUGUGCUGCUCUCUGGGGUGUGAACCUGCUGGUGGGGACAGAGAACGGUCUUAUGUUGCUGGACCGCAGUGGUCAGGGGAAGGUGUAUAACCUGAUCAACCGCCGACGCUUCCAACAGAUGGACGUUCUGGAGGGCCUCAACGUCCUGGUCACCAUAUCUGGGAAGAAGAAUAAGCUGCGUGUGUACUACCUGUCCUGGCUGAGGAACAGGAUAUUACACAACGACCCCGAGGUGGAGAAGAAGCAGGGCUGGGUCACUGUAGGAGAGCUGGAGGGCUGCGUGCACUACAAAGUCGUGAAGUAUGAGAGGAUCAAGUUUCUAGUGAUCGCUCUGAAGAACUCAGUGGAGAUCUACGCCUGGGCACCCAAACCCUACCACAAGUUCAUGGCCUUCAAGUCGUUCACUGACCUACAGCACCGCCCCCAGCUGGUUGACCUGACAGUGGAGGAAGGUCAGAGGUUAAAGGUCAUCUAUGGCUCCAGCGUUGGGUUUCAUGUAAUCGACGUCGACUCUGGCAACCCGUAUGACAUCUACAUCCCCUCCCACAUUCAGAGUCAGGUGACGCCCCAUGCCAUCGUGGUGCUGCCGCGGACUGAUGGGAUGGAGAUGCUGCUGUGUUACGAGGACGAGGGCGUCUAUGUCAACACCUACGGACGCAUCACUAAAGACGUGGUGCUGCAGUGGGGAGAGAUGCCUACAUCUGUUGCCUACAUCCACUCCAACCAGAUCAUGGGCUGGGGAGAGAAGGCCAUUGAGAUCCGCUCCGUGGAGACGGGACACCUCGACGGAGUUUUCAUGCACAAGCGAGCUCAGCGACUGAAGUUCCUGUCGGAGAGGAACGACAAGGUGUUUUUCGCCUCUGUGCGUUCCGGCGGCAGCAGCCAAGUCUUCUUCAUGACCCUGAACCGGAGCUCUAUGAUGAACUGGUAACCCUGGCAACCCCUCCUUACAUCCUCCCUCCAUACUGUACAUGCCUAACCAGAGGACAGGAUGGAGGGAUGAAAAGAGAGAACUGAGACAGACGAGUGAACACAGAGUGGCGGCGGCUCAGUGGAGACGGGAAGAGAAAAACUGUCUUCCGUCCAACUCUCAUCGCCAGCCAGCCAGACGUCUGCAGUACUAACCUCCCUCCACCAGAGGAACUAGAGAGGAGCUCACCAACAACUUUCCAGAUACGCUCAGACAACACUCUCUCUGUGGUGCGUUUAGUUUCUCUCAGGCACCGUCCAAGAUGGCCCAAAUUCCCUAUACAGUGCAAUACUUUUGGCCAGAGUAGGGAAUAGCGUGCCGUUUUGGAUGUAGCCUCAGUGUUUUGUUUUUGAGAGGUGGUGACAAGAGGUGCUGGUGUAGUCUCCCUCAUGGGGUCAGGGGUCAGUGACUGAGGGUGUUGUCAUGACCCCUGACCUGUGUGCGUAUAUACGCGGUGGGGCUGAGUGUAGAUUCUUGACUGCAGGAACACUUGAAAAAAUACAAAUAUUGUCACCGGUGGUCACAGAAAAUAUAUAUACUCUUGUCAUUCUUGUUCUAGUUCACCUGUGCUCCCCUCUUUCUCUGUGACUUCUAUUUUACAUUCAAUCUAUUUGGCAUAUUUAUAUUCUGUGUGUUUCACAUCUGUAAAUACACAUUCUAUGAUCUGAAACGGAGCUGCUUCCCUAUCAGACACUCUUACACUGAGACGGAACAAUAGAGGACAGAGAAAAGGAGGAGAUGGAGAGAAUGAUGAGAGCAGUCUGAGUUUGUUUAGUUCAUCUUCCUCCUGUAGAAAUUUCAUUUAAAAAAUGUGACAUGCUUCUUCAUAUUAAAGACUGCAAGAGAGGGAGGAGUGAUGGAGAGACAGACGUUUGGGUUGGUUAGUUGUCAGGCUUCCUCCUACACCACCUCUUCUCUCAUCUCUUCCCCCCUUCCAUUAGUUGACCUGCUCCUCUACAUUUGCAUAGUGACACCUAUUCCACUUGUCGUCAUCACUUUUGACUUCUAAACUAAGGCAAUACACAGGUGUAGUCUGACUGGACAAAUGCGUGGUUGGAAAGAUUUAACUUUCCAAAAUGAGACCCACCAUGUUAUAGUCAGUCAAUACCUUAAACUGGGGGUGGGGGUGUAAAUGUACUCAAAAUAGCUUUAGAUGGCCAGGUGGAAUGACCACAUGAAUCUCAAACCGUUAAGUUUAAUCACAUUUAGUCUCCUAGGAUACUGUGUCUGACACUACCUACAAAGGUAGUAGAGAGUUGAGGAGGGUGUCUGUGUUUACUGAACCAAUGAUGAGACUACUGAUGUGGGUUGUAUGUAAUAAAGGGUCAUAGCAAUGAGCCUACUCCAUCCACUAAUUCAUUACCUCUUCAGUCAUAGAUCUGAAAUGACUGGUUAAAUAUAAGUGUGACCGACUGGUGUUUGAACCUGGGUCGGCAGCCAUCUUGCUUUCUCCUAUCUAGUCCUGUCAGAUCUUUGAACACUGCAGGGGGUAUAGGUUAGAGGAAAAGAGGGUUGUUUCCAAGAAACCGUAGGGUAAAUAUGAUAAAGCAUUUGAUUAUGAUAUCUAAUGGAUCAUUUAGAGAAAGACCAUCAUGUUCAUACUAUAAGGCUUUCUACAGAGUAGAGAAAAUGGUUUCUACAAUAUGUUUUUAUUGUGUUUAGUGUGAAGUAUCAACAUGUGUGCAAGAAUGAAAGUGUGCAUGUGUGACUUGUCUUCCCUGCUAACAGUACAGAAUUAAACUGCCACUGUUAGGUGUGUGUGUGUGUGUGUUCAUCUCGUCUGAAUCACAGGAAUCAAUAACCCGCCCCCCCCCCAGUCUGGUACUCCAGUCAACUACAGUGGGGAGAACAAGUAUUUGAACCUGCAAAAUCGGCAGUGUUUCCUACUUACAAAGCAUGUAGAGGUCUGUCAUUUUUAUCAUAGGUACACUUCAACUGUGAGAGACGGAAUCUAAAACAAAAAAAUCAUACAAUGUGAUUUUCUGGAUUUAAGUAAUUAAUUUGCAUUUUAUUGCAUGACAUAAGUAUUUGAUACAUCAGAAAAGCAGAACUAAAUAUUUGGUACAGAAACCUUUGUUUGCAAUUACAGAGAUCAUACAUUUCCUGUAGUUCUUGACCAGGUUUGCACACACUGCAGCAGGGAUUUUGGCCCACUCCUCCAUACAGACCUUCUCCAGAUCCUUCAGGUUUCGGGGCUGUUGCUGGGCAAUACGGACUUUCAGCUCCCUCCAAAGAUUUUCUAUUGGGUUCAGGUCUGGAGACUGGCUAGGCCACUCCAGGACCUUGAGAUGCUUCUUACGGAGCCACUCCUUAGUUGCCCUGGCUGUGUGUUUCGGGUCGUUGUCAUGCUGGAAGACCCAGCCACGACCCAUCUUCAAUGCUCUUACUGAGGAAAGGAGGUUGUUGGCCAAGAUCUCGCAAUACAUGGCCCCAUCCAUCCUCCCCUCAAUACGGUGCAGUCGUCCUGUCCCCUUUGCAGAAAAGCAUCCCCAAAGAAUUAUGUUUCCACCUCCAUGCUUCACGGUUGGGAUGGUGUUCUUGGGGUUGUACUCAUCCUUCUUCUUCCUCCAAACACGGCGAGUGGAGUUUAGACCAAAAAGCUCUAUUUUUGUCUCAUCAGACCACAUGACCUUCUUAUGAUAAAACAAUUACAGACCUCUACAUGCUUUGUAAGUAGGAAAACCUGCAAAAUCGUCAGUGUAUCAAGUACUUGUUCUCCCCACUGUAUGUGGUGUUUAAGCGUAACUGUCCUUGUACAGAGACAUGAUUAUGAUUACAUAGACGUCCUCCGCUGCUUUACUUCUCACUCUGUGUCUGGAUGUCUGUGUCUGACAUGUAAAGUACAUGGCAGCCCUAUCUCACACUGUUGGCCACAUGAUUUCCCCCUGCCGCUUUGUCCCCCAUGUUCAGCUCCAUAACACACACAUACACACACAAAGAAACAAGCACCUGUGACAUACUAAAUUUUGGGAUGAUGUCCUGCUCUGUUGAGGGUCCAUAUGAUUUCCUUGUUUGAGAGCUAUUCUCAGUUUUUUUCUUGAAUUAGAACCAAUGUCAAUACUGCUGUACGUAGAUCUGGAGUCAUAGAGGGCUCUGUCUUUGGCUCCAUGGGGUUAGCUGUGUGGUCUGCUGUGUAUGGUAAACUACCCAAGGUGCUUCACCUCCAUGAUCUGUGUUUUUGUGACAAAGUGCUUGAAGUGGAAUGAAAUAGGUACCAGUACUUAUUUAAAUUCUACAGUACAGGUAAUCUCGACACCCAGAACCAAAUCUCAGCUUUUUUAAGGCUGUCACAAGAGACUAUAGUACAUGGGUCCAUAUUUUAGAGCCAAUGUUCUGUAAGAGGUGCCAGUACUCAAGCAGUAGCAUAUCAGAGGAGGCUGUUCUCCGUACCGAUCAGGACCGACCCACUGGUCUGAGAGCACUUUUCUAGCGUUCUUUUCUGUCUGUCUGCAUGUGGAGGUGUGGGGAGAGAGAAGCAGGGCACACUGCAGUAGGCCUACUUACAGGUUCUUUAGACUUUGGGCCUCCAAGUUUGGCACAUCACAAAUAUGUAUGUUUUAAAUAUAAGUGAGAAGAAUUGGAUUAAACAUUGAUUAUAAGGGAACAAUGUUGGGAUGGUAUCUGUACACUGGAUCCUAGCUUCCUUAGAGUGUUUAGCAAUAAAGAGCACUAGCUACUGACUUCUUUAGUCUUCUGCUGUUACUUCUCUGUGUCACCAUGACAGACACAGAGGUACAGAGGGAGGUAGGAUGUAUGGGUGAUGAGCAUGGAUACACGUGAUUAAUUAUUGUGACUGGAUGGAUUUUGUUUGACUUUUCCAUGUAACCUAUUCACACACUUCAUGUUUCCAAAUGACAACAUGCAUUAGAAAUGUGCUGUUUUUUUCUUAAAUAAAAUAAGUUAAACAUGAA